UGGUUCGUAAGCACAAAAGGCCUGCUAAAUCUACCUUUGACCAGCAUUUGAAGUCUAAGCUCCUCCACUCUGCGCUCAUUGCAAAUAGAUGUCCUCCUCAGAGAAACCUGUUCUCAUCAAACCCGCGCUGACUGAGGCCCAGGUUGUUGAGUUGGCUGAGCGGUUAUAUGGUCUGAAGGUCUCCAGUGUCCAACCAAUGCCCAGUUACGAUGACCAGAACUUCCACAUCCUGGUGUCUGAGACCCAGGCAACUAGAGAUCACAAUCAGAGCUACGUCCUCAAAGUGACGAACACUGUCGACAGUGAAGACGCUGAUUUGAUUGAAGCACAAACACAAGCCAUGAUAUUUUUGAGUGAGAAAGGAUUUCCAUCACCCACACCAAUCCCAACCGUUGAUGGCAAGAUUAUGUCAUUAGAGACAAUUGAGCAAGAAAAUGAAUGCAGACGACAUAUGAUCAGGUUGCUGACGUACCUGCCCGGGAUCCCAUUUGUCAAUCUCACUUUGGAUCAUCGGACCUUCUACAAAAUCGGUAGAACCUUAGCCCAAAUGGACAAAGCUCUUCACGAGGAGUUCCGGCACCCAUCCACAAAGAGUCUGCAUCGAGAAGGAUUCAGAUGGAACCUUUCAAAUCUUCAUCUCCUGGAAAAGUACCUGCCUGAAAUGAAGGAAGGUGAAACACGCUCAAUUGUCAAACAAGUUCUUGAGCAGUUCAAAGAAAAGAUACUCCCCAACCUCAGCAAAUUUCACAGAAGUAUUAUUCAUGGAGACUGCAACGAGCACAACAUUCUGCUAACACCAGUGGAUUCCUCGGCAUUGGAAGGUAUGACAGAGAGGUCCAGCACGACACACCCACAACCAGAGUUCCGCAUCUCUGCAAUCCUGGACUUUGGUGACAUGAGCUAUGGCUGCUUUGUGUAUGAGCUGGCCAUCAGCAUUACGUAUCUGAUGAUUGGGAGAGUAGAGCCCCUCAGGGUGGGGGGGCAUGUCAUAGCAGGUUUUGAGAGUGUCAUCCCACUGACGGAGGAUGAGCGUGAUUCUCUGUUCCUGCUGGUGCUCUGUAGGUUUUCCCAGUCACUGCUUAACGCCAGCCACAAUGUGUGUUUCCAUCCCGAGAAUGAGGAAUACAUCAUGGUGUCGGCGCGGAAAGGCUGGAAGUGCCUGUACCAACUGUGGCACCAGGGCAAAAAGGCAGUCGAGAGGGUCUGGUUUGACACAGCCAGGUCCUACCAGAUCAAGAGUCGAUAAGGGUUAGGUCAGUGAUGAGGAGAUGAGAAAGAUCCCAGAGUGAUUACUGUAUCACCUCCGGUCCUCCUUCAGAGAGUGGAGCAGAGUAACAUUCCCUUCUCAUUCCUCUUCCUCACCUCACUCUUUAAAGUCAGGAGCUAAACAGGAAGAAUGCUGGGACAAGAAAAAGGCCAUUUGGUUCACUUCUGUCUCUCGACAGACCCUGGACCACCUGGUCUAUGCAAAACUCUGCUGGGUCUGUUUAAUUUUGGGGUGUGUCCGGCCUCCAACUGACACUGAAGGAGGUUGGAACUAUGAACCUCCCCUUAUGUUUGAUCAUUGUCAUUCUUUAUGUGAGCAACUCAGAUUGUCCAUGUCAGACUGUGCCAUGUCAGUAUCAAACUGAGCCUGUCAGACUAUCCCUGUCAGGCUGUCCAGUGUCUGUGUCAGACUGUUCUGUGUCCACUUCAAACUGUUUCAUUUCCACAUCAGACAGUUCUGUGGUCCCUGUCAUGUCCAUGUCAGAUUUGUCCCUGUCAGACUGUCCCAGUUCCCUGUCAAACUGUCGUGUGUCUGUGUCCGACUGUCCCUGACAGACCGCCCCGUGUCCGUGCCAGACCGUAUCAGUCAGAAUGAGCUGUUUUCUGUUAUCCUAAGGAUGGACCUAUCAAAAUGUAGCUGCUGACUGGAACAACUUCCCUCUAAUACAGAAACUGAGCAAAGUCCCCAUCUCAAAUUUCUGUCAAGGUACUUGGCUUUAGGUUGGUUUUCCAUUAGGGUUGCCCCUUCCUGUGCCCCGCCAAUUCUUAUUUGGCCUGUGCAGGGUACCACAACCCCAGGCCCUCUGCACCCCAGACCCUGUCCAGGCUGAAACACGACUCAUGAGGCCCCUAGUGUUUAAAUUAGGUUGAUCUGAAGAGUCUUGGCCAAUGUCUAGUGAGUGGGUCAAGUCUGACCUGGCUCAGACCCCACCUGGAGACACUGAUUGAGACCUGGACCCUCCACAUCCAGGAGGAGAAAUCAGGGUGCAAUGCAGUCACCAGAAUGAUCCCAGGGCUGAAAGGGAUGAACGAUGGGGACAAAUGGAUAGUCAUGGUCUGAUUAGGGAGAGUCAGCAUGGAUUUGUGCGCAGGAAGUGUUGCCUGACAAAUCUUUUAGAGUUUUUCGAACAGGUAACGAAGAGGAUGGAUGAGAGUAGGGCAGUGGAUAUUGUCUAUAUGGACUUUAGUAAGGCCUUUGACAAGGUCCCACACAGCAGGCUAGUCAUGAAAGUUAUGUCGCAUGGGAUCCAAGGGGAUCUAGCUAAAUGGAUUCAAAAUUGUCUCAAUGGUAGGAAGCAGAGGGUGAUGGUCGAAGGUUGUUUCUUAGACUGGAGGCCUGUGACUAGUGGUGUGCGA